UUAGCCUUCUUCAUGCAGAAGGAGAAAGCAAAUUAUGGGUUGGAAAUCAGAAUAUUCCAAAGGGGGGUGAAAAGUUUGAAGCAGAGUGACUGCUACAUAAUGAAGUGUCCAGUGAUCAUGUCCAGACGGGGGCAAGAAUGUGUCCACUGCCGGCCCACAUUCAUUCAGCUAAAGGGCUCAGAGGGACCCAGUCUCCUUGGCCAGACUGUUUAUGAGUAUGUCCUGUUUAUCCAGACCCUGUGUCUGCUGUCUCAUAGAGGGGAGCUGGCAGCCUCUCUGGGCAAUGGCAGCCUGAUGGGAUUAUCAGCUGGUCGGAAGGUCGGCGGGGGUCUGCUUCUGGAGGAGCGGUUUCCGAGGUCGCGGGAGUCACUCCAGCCUCAGCAGGUGCUGCACGCCCCCCAGGGCUCCCGCUGCUUAAUCAUCCCUCCAGCCAGAGUUGGGGGUCUUGUUCACAUCCCAAAGCAGAGGCUUGAUCUGGUCUAAAGAGGCUCCUACUCAGAGGAGGUCUUGGUAGUGGUGCUGGCUGUCCUGCCCCUUUUGAAGGCCCCUUCUGCUCAGGCCAUUGAGGUGGUGAGGAGUCAGAGGCGCGAGAGCAGCACGCUUUGCCAGGAGGCCCAAGGAGCCCCAGGAAAGCAGGCUUUCUAUAGGAUGGCCCUGAGCUGGAAAUUUGCUCCCCCACCCCAGUCACAGAGAGGGCUGGAGCCAACAGAGCCCAUGUUGGCAUCAAGCCCUGGAGGGCACAGGCCUCCUGAGCUUCAGAACUUCACGAGGGACUUUGAGAAACUCCCUUAG